AUGGUGUCACUGGACCCUGAUGACUUCUUGGCCGGCCUCGCCGACGUCCCUGACCAUCCUAGCCGUCCAUUCCCUGAGAAGCUAGCUGAGGAAGAAGAGCUGGAAUGGAUAUCCAACAAGGAGUUGUUCCCCUCCGUCGAAACAUGCAUGCUGCCGGAGGAGCCACCGGGGCUGCGAAAGGCUAUUUCCAAUGCCGAGCAGGGCAAUGGAGCUCUGUCAUUGCAGGAAAUGCCGAGCAGGAAAACAAAGCAUGACAAUGCCAAGGCUAAGAGUAUGAGAGUUUGCACAUUUUGCGGGGUUGCACAGACCCUGCAGGGUGCCCUGGGAGUAUGUAAUGUCUGCGGGUUUAUCUACAAGUCUGGUAGGUGUUGCGCCGAAGAAGAGAGUCCCAAAGUGCAGAGCAUUAAGAGUGACAAUGUGAAGAAGAGGAUUAAGAGUGACAAGGUGAAGAGCAGUAAGAGUGACAAGGUGAAGAGCAUUGAGAGUGAUAAGGUGAAUAGCAUUAAGAGAAUGUGCACACAUUGUGGGAUUUCACAGACUCCGCAGUGGCGGGAGGGUCCCCUUGGACGGAACACCCUGUGUAAUGCUUGUGGAAUUAGGUAUAUAUCGGGGCGGCUUUGCCCCGAAUACCGCCCUGCAAAUAGCCCUACGUUCUCGCAGGGGUUGCAUUCAAAUAAUCACAGAAAGAUAAUGGAGAUGAGGAACCAAAUAUUUGGGAUUAAGGGGACGGUGGCGAAUCCUGUGGAUAAAUGCACAAACAGUGAAGCUACCAUGACCCUAGAGAAGCUGAAAAACAUUUUCCCCAGUGUCGCAACACGGAAUAUCGUGGAGCAACCAAGCAGAAGUGUCAUUGCUGAGCAGCAGAGCCCUAUUUCAGUGCUUGAAAACAACACAAACAGCAGCACCACCCUCGUGUCCCAUCAACCCCCAAACAAAGUUCUAAGGCAGCAGCACCUGUUCUCUAACCAACUUAACAACAAGCACAACCAGGAAGACACUGCCAAAGUAGAAGUUGAGAUAAAUAGCACCAUUCUCAUGAGUUCCCAUGGGUCUGUCAAGCUGUCCUACAAAGUGCCAAGCAAAGUUUUGGAGCAACAGCAGCUGUUUAGUUGCCAACCUACCAACAAAUGCAGAAAGAAAAACACAGUUGAAGUGAAGAAUGAGAGAAUCAAUGCAACUCUCAUGAGUUCCUGUGAUAACCUUGAGCCGCCCCACCAAGCACCCAGUGAAUUUCUGGAGCAUCACCAGCUGUUUAAUGACCAACCUAUCAACAACUGCAACAAUAAACACACUGCCAAAGUAGAUUUGACCAUGAAAGCAGGGGAUAUACGCACCCCCCUCAUGAUGUCUAAGAAAGACUCAUUCUCGACUGUGGAAACAUUGAAUAUCUUGGACAACUCAAGAGGCAAUUUUAUUGCUGAACAGCAGAACCCAGUCUGGGUCCUUAGAAACAACACAAACAGCAGUGCCGCCCUCAUGAGCUCUAGUGAGAGUGUUGAGCAGCAGCAGCUGGUUUAUAACCCAGCUAAUAACAAGCCGAACAAGAAUGACACUUCCAAAGUGGAGAUUGAGAGAAAAAACACUACUUUAAUGAGCUCCUAUGGGACCCUCGUGCUUCCCCACCAAGUGCCAAGCAAAUUUCUGGGGCCGCAGCUGUUUAGUUGCCAACCUACCAACAAACGCAGAAAGAAAAACACAGUCCAAGUGAAGAAUGAGAGAAUCAAUGCUACUAUCAUGAGUUUCUGUGAGAACCUUGAGCCGCCCCACCAAGCACUCAGUGAAUUUCCGGAGCAUCACCAGCUGUUUAAUGACCAACCUAUCAACAACUGCAACAAUAAACACACUGCCAAAGUAGAGAUGACCAUGAAAGCGGUGGAAAUACGCACCCCCCUCAUGAAGUCUACGAAAGACUCAUUCUCGGCUGUGGAAACAUUGAAUAUCUUGGACAACUCAAGAGGCAAUUUUCUUGCUGAACAUCAGAGCCCAGUCUUGGUCGUUAAAAACAGCACAAACAGCAGUGCCGCCCUCAUGAGCUCUAGUGAGAGUGUUGAGCAGCAGCAGCUGGUUUAUAACCCAGCUAAUAACAAGCUGAACAAGAAUGACACUUCCAAAGUGGAGAUUGAGGGAAAGAACACUACUUCAAUGAGCUCCUAUGGGACCCUCGCGCUGCCCCACCAAGUGCCAAGCAAAUUUCUGGGGCCGCAGCCAUUGUUCUUUGACCAACCUAACAAUAACUGCAACAAGAAAGACACUGACAUCGUGGGGAUUGUGGUAAAAUGCCAGAAUUGUGGGGAUGAAUUUAGCCCCCAGCAGUGGGAGGGCGCCCUUGGACCCCAAACCUUAUGUCUUUCCUGUAUGGUGGCCAAGUGCACACCCAGGAAGAAAAGAAGUACGUCUUUAGCUUCUAACAAGAAGCGUAAAAAGGAAGACAUUGCCAAAGUGGAGAUGGCAGUGAAACCUGGGGAUAAAUGCACAAACAGCACAGUUGUCCUCAUGAACUCCAAGAAAGACCCCUUUAUCGAUACAUUGAAUAUCUCAGAGCAACCAGUUUUCAUUGCCAUUGCUGAGCAGCAGACCCCUGCCUCUGUGUUUGAAAGCAGCACAAACAGUAGCAUGACCCUCCUAACUAUGAGCCCAAAGAGAAAGAUGUUCCUACUAUGGAGAUUGAGGGAAACAGCUCUACCCUCAUGA